AUGACUCGCAUUGGCCUUGAUCUUGGAACUGAAAUCCAUUAUCACAGGAGUUUGCAGUAUCCCUUAACGAGCAUACUACUAGGUACGAUGUCCAUCGCCAAUUUCGUUGUUUGCUUCUUGGCUGUUGUCAUGACCGUGGCUGGUGAGCCUACCGGAUACAGGCCAGCAAUGGCUCCUAAUUACCAGGCACCUGCUUACAAAGCUCCUACUUACAAGGCUCCUGCUUACCAGCCUCCUGCUUACCAGCCUCCUGCUUACCAGCCUCCUGCUUACCAGCCUCCUGCUUACAAGGCUCCUGCUUACCAGCCUCCUGCUUACAAGGCUCCUGCUUAUAUGGCCCCUACACCUUCGUAUAAGGCAGCUUCAUCUUACUAG